AUGGCUAUCUCAGUCAAGUCUCUUUCCUGCUGCAUCAAGUACAAACCUCAAUACUUUUUACUUUUCAGCCCAGUACAUAUCUGGCUUUUCGUAUUGAUCAUCCGUCAUGAAUAUAUGGAACUCAAAGAGGUCCAUUUGGAUUGGAAGAGAGAGGAGGCUCAGGAGAUUAGGUCUCAGAAAUUGAGGGACGCAUCUAAGGAGACUGCAUCGGAGGACGACGAAUCCAGCGAAGGAACCGAGAGCUCCAAUGGUGGAAAAUCAAAGAGAAGAAAUCACCGAGGCGGGCUUAAGGUGAGGAAACUAAGAGGUAGAGGAGAAGAGGGUAGAGCUACCCACCUUUAG